AUGAUUGAGGAUCCAGGCGUCCUGAAUAAUGGAGAGUCACAUGACCGCGCCCUGAUGCCAGAUCUCAUCCACAGACUGGUGCAGAAGAGCCAAAAGGCCAAAGCCUUUGGCCACUGUCCAUACAUCCACUUCCUGGUGAGAGCCGCGUUGCUGGAUUGGGAUGGGAUGAUCUUCCUGGGUUGUAAUGUUGAGAAUGCCUGCUACUCGCUGGGGAUCUGCACAGAGCGUACCGCCAUCCAGACCGCCGCGUCCAAGGGCUCCAAAUACUUUGCUGCCAUAGCUGUGGCCAGUGAUGUAGAAGAGGAGUUUACAACGCCAUGCAGAGCCUGUCAACAGGUCAUAAGGAAGUUUGGCUCAGAGUGGUGGAUCGUCCUCACCAUGCCAAGCGGCUCCUACAUCAUAAAGACUCUGGGGGAUCUGCUGCCCUUCUCCUUUGGACCUGUAAAACUGGCCAUGAAAUGA